CGUUGACGCGGCGACUGCAUUGCACCUCUCGUACGUUCUCGCGCAGGCCAGUCAUGUUUGGAGGCACGGCCGUGACGGGCCAGCACCAGCUCCUCAGCGGCACGGCGCAGCUCGCCAAGAAGUACCAUCAAAUGAAGCACGGCGACGGCGGCAGCGGCGUGGACCGGCGGCGGGGCACGUCAGUGCUGCCAGACGAAGCUGCUGAUUUGCGUACGCUUGGCGACGCGAGCGCGCGGGCGCUUCUUCAGCAGGACGCCGACGCGCAGACGGCAUACACCAAGCUCACAGAGCACGACAAGAUCGCGCUCUUCGAGGUCGCUACGGACACGUACUACGCGGUCAAAGGCGUCAUCACGGUGCACACGUGCCUCUCGGAGGUCAUGCACAUGCUCAACACCAAGAACCCCGAGCAGUGGAGCGAUGUCAUGACCCGGUUCCUCGGGCCCAUGCACACCGCCUCGUGCCUUUGGUACCGGGACCGGUCCGUACGCAGCGAUGACUAUGCAACGUCCGUCCACACACUUGUGGUCAACCCCGCCGCGCUUAACACCGUGAGCGAGCGCAACGCGACGGACCGGGAGCCCCGGGAGUUUUGCUACCUUCGGUACUCGGACUACUUUGAGCUGGGCGAGCACAGCAUUGAGCGCACGCUGCCGGAGGACGUGGUGCGACCGACGCUCCGCGGAGUCUCGGUCUGGGAGUCCGUGUCGCUGCUCGAUGGGCCCAAGGAUGCGACCGGCACCUUUCACCGCAGUGGCUUCAUCGUCGAGCCAACGCACGUGGUCAACACGGUCAAAGUGUCGUUCGUUCUAACAUCGACGCUGGCGGCCAGUCGCGAUCUCUCGCAUCACUCGAGCAGCCGUCACUUGAGCCACGCCAGCUACCGCCUCGGGACAACCGCCGACGGCUUUUUCCUCCAGCGCCUCGUCCGGUCGACCAUGCACCACUUUAGCAGCGCGCUCAUGGACCAGCGCAUCCCGACCGACCGGCUGCUCGCAAAAGAGCUCUGGAGCGAUGGCAGCAUGUGCUGUCUCUGCCUCAAGAACUUUACGCUCUUCCGACACAAGCACCACUGCCGCCUCUGCGGCGACGCCAUCUGCACCUCGUGCUCGAUCAACCGCCACCGGCCGACCGACCGCCAAGACAUUCGCGUCUGUGGCGCGUGCGUCGACGGCAAUGCCGCCAACAUGAUCCGCGCGUCCAGCAAGCUCUACUCGCAGGAAAACAUCCGCGCCAAGCAGCUGCUGCAGGCGACUGCGCUCCCGUCGAGUCGCCACCACAGCGAGUUUCGGUCGGCGCGCGGCCACUCGGCAGUCUCGUCGUUGGGUCCGCGGCCCAUCGAGACAAAGGACGGCGAGGACGCACAUGGCGACCCGCUGCACUUUGCGAGCCAGCGCACGUUCGUGCUCGAGGACCCGGUCGAACUUAGUACGAAGCCGGACUUUCGCAAGACCAAGUCCGAGUCGCGGCUCAAGGUCGACCACGUCAAGAGCGACGCGUUCGCCUUUGCGGCGCAGCAGCCUGGGACGCCGCCGGCGCGCCGACACGACCGUCCGUACCCGCGGGCGUCCUACGCGCCGCGGGCAAGCGACCCGAGCCCGAGGCGCCACCUGCGUCGUCGUGGUUCCGAGACCACUUUCAUCAGCACAAGCACCGGCCAACGCCCGAGCCGGUGCAGCGACCACCGCCCGAGCCCCGACAAACGACAGACCACCGACAAGUACCGCACGACGAGCCGAAGCUCCGGCACGAGCAAAGGCAACAGCUCGAUGUCGCCAACCGAAGCCCCGAUGCAGCGCAGCACGUCGCCAGUGGAACGCUCGCCGCCGCACCCGGAGCCAGAGCCAGUGCCCUUUGACGCGCGACACCCCGCCGGCUACCAUGCACCCUUCCAGGGACGCCACGCGACGCAGUGGAACGAUCCGCGACCUGCUGCACCGUCGUGGACCGACCCGCUCACGCCGCUGGACGCAGACUACAUCACCGAGUCCAGUCCGCUCUUGUAUCCGCUGAGCUUUCGCAACGGCAACGAGUGGCCGGAUGCGCCCGAGACGGCGUUCGAGGACCUCCGGCUACGCAAGGCGCACGAGCUCGACUUGCUUCGGCGCCGCGACGAGGUCCAGCGCUACGUGCAGCUCGCUUGCAAGGCGCUGGCGUGCCCCGUGGGCGCCAUCACGGUUGUCGGCGGGUCGGCCGGCCUCCUCAUCGCCAAGGUCGGCGUCGGCGCCGACACCAUGCCUCGCCACGUCAUGCUCGAGUCGCAUGCGAUCACGUCGCGGUCGCCACUCAUCGUGCUCGACUGCCGCGACGACCUGCGCUUCAUGGCCAACCCGCUCGUGAGCCGCGGCGAGGUCGGCAUCCGCUUCUACGUCGGCCUGCCUUUGUGCACGUCGGACGGCUGCGUCAUUGGCAGCGACCUCCAAGCCGCCAUGCAGGUUGCCACCACGGUCAUGCGCCGCUUCGAAGACAUGGCGCUCCACGACGAGGGCCAUGGGUAUCAUCCUCAUGCGCACGUUCGCCAGCCGCGGGGCUAUGGCCGGCCGGCGUCGCCCGACCUCGACCUCGAUUGAGAUCGUAGUAGUAGCAUAGACGUCGUACAGUAUUACGUGGCGUGGUAAGCAGCAUGGAGCCGAUAGGAGCAAGUGCGGCGUAAUGCAUGCGCUGCCAUCGUGGGUGGCCUUUGGAUGGAAAUAUAAUGCAAAGAUUUAAUGCGUCGCC